AUGAAGAGAGGCAGCAAGCUGGCCACAGCAAGCACCAGCCCAACCACAUCGCCUUGUUCAUACUCCACCACCGUCACCGACAGCGGCACACGCUCCACAGCCACAGCAUCCUCCAUCAUCUUCCACUUGUGCGACGUCCAACACGAAAACCACAACCGAAGAACAAAGCAGCACAACGACAACAACAGCGCUGACAUGUUUGAGGAGGAAGAGGAAGAGGGGGAGGAGGAGGAGGCAGAAGGGGAGGUGACAACCGCACCACAUGGUGGACAGCAGAAGAUGCAGGAUGGUCCAGCCGUGGAAGAGGAGAAUCCCACGUCUGCGCCUGCGUCAGCAAACACCACCCACAACGGCCACGGCCCCGACAAGACAAGUGCAGGCUCAGCACCAGCAUCAGCGCCUACACCACCAGCGACAGUGCCAGCGACAGUGACAACAGCGACGGCACCUUUUUUCUCCAUUCGCAUCAUCGACGCAGACUUCCAGGUCCGCCCGUCCAUCCCGCAGCUGGACGAGGUCUACAGCGUGUUCCGCUGCUGUCCUCUUCCCAGAGCACCAGUGAUCCGCGUCUUCGGCACCACGCCACGCGGGCAGAAGGCGUGCUGCCACGUGCACGGCGUGUACCCGUACAUCUACGUGCCCCUGAUUGGCCGCAAGCCGGGGCCGAGCGACCUCCUUCGCAUGGCCACCGCCAUCGACGGCGCCCUGCACAAGUCCAUUGUGCUUGACCAGCAAGAGCGGGCCAAUGCCAGCAGCACCGCUGCUGCAACCAGUGGACCCAACCACAACGCGCAACAACAACAACAACAACAACAACAACAACAACAACAACAACAACAACAACAACAACAACAACAACAGCAGCAGCAGCAGCAAGGGCGUCGGAAGGAGCGCAAGCAGCAGAUUGAGGUGGCCAACAUCGAGGUGGUGAAACGCAUCAACUUCUACGGCUACCACGAGGGCGAGCAGGACUUCCUCAAGAUCUCCCUGAUCAACCCAUGGCUCGUGCGCCGCACCGCAGACCUGCUGCAAGAGGGCGUGAUCGGCAACAUCUUCUACCAGCCGUUCGAGGCACACAUCCCUUACUUCUUGCAGUUCAUGACCGACUACAACCUGCAAGGCAUGAACUACAUCCACACCAAGCACGCCCUCUUUCGCACGCCCCUGCCCGAGCUGUCCGAUCCUCACGCGUCCCUCUCGCAGGGCGCCAGCAGCCAGUACUGGUGCAGCGCCACCGUCAACCCGUCGCUUCUCCUUGUGCCCACCGGCUUUGGCGGGCGGCGGCAGGGCCAGCGCGAGACCUCGUGUGCCGUGGAGUGCGACAUCACCGCCGCCAGCAUCAUCGUGUCCGCGCGGUACGGGUCCACCGCCCAUGUCAAGGGCUCAUUCGACCUGCACGACACCUCGCUGCCAGUCAACCCGGGCUUGGUUGCGCUGUGGGAGGACGAGCAGCUGCGCCGCCGUGCACGCGGGCAGGCGACGCAGGUGGCACCGCUGACCAAUGUCGAGCGGCGUCGCGUGCGCUCGCAGACGACAGAUCCAACCACGGCCAACGAAGAGUACUUCCGCAUGCUGCUGGAUGCAGCUGUGGCCAAAGACCGGCGCCUCAAGGCCAAGCUGCAGAAGGAGACGAAGGAGGAGGACAAGCAACAGGAGAAGAAGAAGAGGAAGAAGCAGAAGAAGAAGCAGACGGAAGGGGAGGUUCAAGAAGCGAAAGGCAACAUGAAGAAUGGGUUGCUGUCUCAGGGCGGGUUUCAUGACGAGGAAGAGGAAGGUGGGGGUGAAGAGGGGGAGGAAGAGGAGAUCCUGCCAUCCCAGAUUGCGGUGGAUCGUUUGCACAGUGUCAGCCAGUCCCUGGACACGCUGUCGCAGGAAGGGCAGGAUGUGGUGGACAUGCUCGGUGCCAUGUUUGACCUCAGCCAGGAGGUGGGGACGGACGAGUACGCAGGCGCCGGUACGCAGGAGGUCGAUGUGCAUCUGAUGGAGGAGCGAGCGCGUGCGCUGGCAGCAGGAGGCGAUGGCAGUGAUGGUGAUGAUGACAAAGUCUCUCGUAUUGAUGAUGGCUUGGAUGAUGAUGAGGAUGACGCUGAGGAUGAUGCUGAGGGUGACGCUGAGGAUGAAGAGCAUCUGGGCAGCGCUGAUCAUUUUCUGGAUGGGGAACAGCGCAAGAGGCUUGGAGGCGAUGCUGCUGUCAUGAAAGGAGAUCGCAGGAAGGAAGCUCGCGGUGGCAGUGACAACGAUGAUGAUGACGAUGGUGACGAAAACCAUGGUGAUGAUGGAGUGCAGGACAGCCUUGUUGAGAAGGUGAUGGAAUUAGAGCGCAGAAGAGAAGGUGUCAGCCGUGUGACGAACAAUGAGAGUGACAAUGGUGACUGGUUGACAACACAGGCACGCACACAAUCCACCCAACGCACACCGAGUACACAGCGCAGCCUGAGCGGGCAGCGCUCCCUCGCUCGCCGGCGAAGUGUUGAGGGCGGAGAUGUGGGACCUGGGGACCUGGAUGAUGUUGGCGGUGUGGACUUCGUGAACGAUGAGUUGCGCGAGUCCAUGCUCAUGUCACAGGCGUGGGAUGCUGGUCUCUUGGAUGACGACGACGACGACGACGACGACGACGCUAGCGAGCGCAUGGGUCGCGGACAUGGGGAUGGAAGCAUGAAUGUUGAGGAAGAGGAGCAUCUUUCAGCGAUAUCUGGAGAGCGUGGCACGAUGGAUGUGAGAAAUAUGGAUCAGCAACAACAACAACAACAACAACAACAACAACAACAACAACAACAACAACAACAACAACAACAACAACAACAACAACAACAACAACAACAACAACAACAACAACAACAACAACAACAAGCGAGUGCAUCGGCGCUGCCAUCUCCUGUCACUGCACUGCCCCACCUUCCUGCUCCAACCGCCACAUCAACACAAGUGGCUCAUGUGCUGACUGAUCAGGCACCUGCUCCACUUACACAGCUGCUGUUUACAUCACCCUUGCGCUUGCCGAGAAAUGCACCCGAGUCAUCCACGUCAUCAUCGUCAUCGUCGUCGGUUUCAUCGCCCGCCCACCGCCCGAAUGCUCCCGAAUCCAUCAACAGGCCAGCAACACAACCAGCUCGCGAGCACGGCGCUCCAAUAACGACGAGAGCAAUGAGCACAACGACAGUAGCACCAACAACAACAGCAGCAACACACACAGCGACAGCAAAAACAACAACAGCAGCAACACACACAGCGACAGCAAUGAGCAGCAUUGCAUUUCCGCGCGCUGACGACCCUGCUCUGCAAGAGGGACGCAUGGCAUGGCGUGAUGCAAGCGAGUUCCGGCAGCCAAAGUACUGCCUGCCAGGUCAGAUGAAUGUGCUGUGGAGAGCACAGCGGCUGUCACCAGAGCAAGACCCGACGUGUGUGUAUGUGUCGCUGCCAAUGCUCACGCCCUCAUCACCAACAGCUGAAACUGAGCGGCACGAAGAAGCAGGCGGGGUGGAGACUGCAAGUGGCCACAGACACGGUGCCUCAUCUUCUCCUCCAACCACUAAAGCCGUCGCAUCACCAACGGCCCUGACGCAGCAGCCUGGCGUGACCUCGUCUGCGCUGGAGGUGGCGCCUCGCCACGCAACACAGAGGCUGAGCAUGUGGUCCCAGUGCAUGUCCGGUCACGCAACAAACCGCGCCAGGGCCAGCAACCAGCAUGAUGAGGAUGCUGGUGCAGACGAUGAAGAUAUGCCGAGCAGCGGUGCUGUUCCAGAAACGCUGCUUCCACUGCUAGCCACGCCACAUGAUACGCAGCAACAAGGCCAGCUCCCACAAAGUCUGGACAACAAUGACACUGCCGCUAUGACAAGCCCUGAAGCAACACCACCAAAGGCAGGCGAGCAGCAACAGCACUUGGAGACCGCAUCGCCCGCGUCCUCUCCUCACAUUCCGCCGGGCCAGCCGCCCACGCUGCCGUCUGCUGCCCUCGCUUCCCCCUACUCGCCCGCUCCACACACGCAAUCAUCGCAAGCGCACACCUCUUCAGCACCAGCACCAGCACAGUCGUCGGCGACAGUUGACCGCACUGACGACGAGAUUGAUGGUGGCCGUGCUGGUCAUCGUGGUGGUGGUGAUGAUGAUGGUGGUGACAAUGAUGGUGACAGCGAUGGUGGUGGUGACGAUGACGAUGGUGGUGGUGGUGGUGUGCAUGGCCAAUCACCCUCCAUAGCAACACAAAAGCGCCGUGUUCACCGUGAGAUGGGGCCCGUGAGCCCGAUGAGUCGCCUUCGCCAUCGCUCGCGAUCACAGCUGCUGUCGCUGCGCCACGCCGUUGUCGCGCCACUGCGGCCGCUCUUCAACUCGCUCGCAGACCGCGCAAGUGCAGAUGAAGAGGAGGAGCAGGACAGCGCGAAACCAUCCGCCCUGCGCCAUCCCCCGCACGCUGGUGAUGUGGGCGUCUCCAGUAAUUCUGCGGUCACGUUUGAAGCAGCAGCAGCAACAGUAGCAGAUGCGUGCAGAGGAGGUAGUGACGGCAGCACCCCACGGAAUGUGUUGCCAUUGUGGCCGAGUCUUUCACGGAAAGCAGCACACCAGUUCCAUGUUGAUGUUGGUGUUCGUGGUGGCGCUUCCAUUGAUGAGACCAGCAGAAGGCACCGGCGCCCUUGCUGUCUGCUGCACUACAGCUUACCGCCACCGACGACACAGGAUCUGCUCACGUCACUGCAGCGUGCGGGCAUUCAUGCUGAGCGCCAUGUGGACCCCUUCUUCUCGCGUGCAGAAGACAUCCCACCGAAUGGAACCACGCGUGCGCUUGAUGGCUCCACUGUGCGGUGGCGCUGGCCCGGUGCUGUGAAGCCAAAGCAGGCAGAGGGAGCAAGCCGUGCACUCGCCCUGUGGGAGCAGCAGCAAUACGUGCUGGCAGCAACGACAAAGUUGAGGCAGCGGACGCGAAUACAAGCGGCCGUGAUUGAUUUGGAGGCGCCGCAGCCGCUGGCAAACACUGGCAUCGUUGUCAUCACUCCCGCUCGCCCGCCCCCUUCCGCAGCAGCACUGAAGGCGCAGGUGGCGGCAACAGCAGUUGAUGGCAGUACGCCUGACGGUGGUGCAGGACAGCAGCACGUUGCGACCCUUGGCAGCCAAGGUCAUGGCGACGAAGAUGUGCGUGAAAUCGGGAAUGGUGCUGAGGGCGACACGUCGCCGGCCAAGCGCGGGAAACGCAUGUCGCGGGUGUUGGCGUUCUCCGGACAAACACAGACGCAGCAGUCGCAGUCGCCGCGGGUUGCAUCACUCACACCAAUCACGCCGCAAGUGCCGCUGAUGCAGGGUACACAGCUCUCCUUGUCAACAAUGGACGACACGGCCAGCACGUUCAAUACAGCGCCUGACACCAGCGGUACCACAGACCGAAGCGCAGAACACACCACAGGCGUUGCUAUUGGUGGUGUUGAUGGUGCCGGUAAUGAUGGUGGUGGUGCAGGCGACGAGCCCCGUCCCAAGCGCCCAAAGGGAAGCGGCGGGUCCCGAACAAAGGGCGUGACGCCAGGCGACACCUACGGCUUCAAGAUGGAGACACAGCACGUGUCCCACACUACAGCUUUGCAAACACAGCAGCAUCUGACGCUGUUGAGCCUUGAGCUAAUGGCCGACAGCCGAGGCCAGAAACAGAGUGACCCCGAAUUCGACCCGAUUCUCGCCCUCUUCUGCGUCGUGCACGAUGACCAGGAGCCAACAGCCUCCGCUGUCAAGAAGGUCGUAAUGACGCAUCGCACCUCCAGCCAGGCAGGCGCCACAUCAGCAAUGCUUGGAUUGCGUCGCGUGGACGUCAUUGAAAAGAAUUCAGAACGCGAAAUGCUCGACACAUUCAUUGAAUGGCUCCAAACGUUGGACCCUGACUUGAUCAUUGGAUAUGAGAUCCAAAUGGGCUCAUGGGGAUAUCUCAUUCAGCGCGGCCAAGUGCUUGGCUUGGACAUGGUCGUGCUUCUCUCUCGCACACCCUCCACGUCCUCGUCUUCAGGAUUCAAGGACGACACGACAAACGAAUAUGGCGCUCGACACACGUCCGAGUUUCGUAUCGUUGGGCGAGUGAUCCUCAACCUGUGGCGCCUGCUGCGACACGAGCUGGCCUUGACCUCAUACUCGUUUGAGAACGUCAUGUUCCACAUCUUGCACCGCCGUGUGCCCGCAUACUCGCAGCAGCAACUGCGCAAUUGGUAUCACAACACCCACGCCCCUCUGAGGUGGCGCGUGUGCAAGCACCUCUUGUUCCGUGCACUCUCCUGUCUGCAGCUGAUGUAUGAAAUCAAUUUCAUCGAACGCACGAGCGAGUUUGCCCGACUCUUUGGCAUUUUGUUCUACGAGGUCAUUUCCCGUGGCUCCCAAUUCCGAGUUGAAUCCAUCAUGCUCCGCAUUGCACAUCCACGAAACUUUAUCAUGAUAUCUCCAAGCAAGGACCAGGUCCGCAACCAGCGCGCCCCAGAAGCGCUGCCGCUCAUAUUGGAGCCGGAGAGCAAGUUCUACAGCAGUCCGGUGCUCGUGCUGGACUUCCAGUCCCUCUAUCCGUCCAUGAUGAUUGCCUACAACAUCUGCUUCUCCACGUGUCUCGGGCGUGUGCCAGGCACCGCCACACGACGGGCAGCAUAUGGUGAUGGCGAUGCUGGUGGCAGUGGCACAAAGUUUGGGGUGUCGCACUUUGACCUUCCUCCAGGCCUGCUCUCGGACUUGGUCGACCAAGACCUUGUGCACAUCUGCCCAAAUGGCGUCAUGUUCUGCAAGCGAGAGCUACGUGGCGGUGUGCUGCCGGUCAUGCUGGACGAGAUUCUGCGCACGCGAAUCAUGGUCAAGCAGUCCAUGAAGGAAUCAGACGUCUCCCAGGCCAUGCACCGCCUCAUGAACGCUCGGCAACUCGGGUUGAAGCUGAUUGCCAAUGUCACAUACGGAUACACCUCGGCAACAUUUUCCGGGCGAAUGCCGUGUGUGGACAUUGCAGACAGCAUCGUUCAAUCGGCACGUGAGACGCUGACACGCGCGAUGAGAAUGGUGGAGACCAACCCAAAGUGGAACGCCAAGGUUGUGUACGGCGAUACGGACAGCAUGUUUGUGCUACUGCCGGGAGCAACAAAGGACCAAGCGUUUGCCAUUGGCAAGGAAAUUGCAGAGGCCGUGACGGCAGCAAAUCCGCCACCAGUCAAGCUCAAGUUUGAGAAGGUCUAUCUUCCAUGCAUCUUGCAAACGAAGAAACGGUACGUUGGAUACAUGUAUGAGAAGCCAAGCCAGAGGGAGCCCGAGUUUGAUGCCAAAGGCAUCGAGACCGUUCGCCGUGAUGUUUGUCCCGCCGUUGCCAAGAUUAUGGAGCGCUGCCUCCGGAUGCUGUUUGAGACGCGAGAUUUGAGCAAGAUCAAGGCAUAUCUCCAGCGGGAGUGGAUGAAGAUCCUCACCAGCAGGAUCAACCUUGCCGACUUUGUGUUUGCAAAGGAAUAUCGCGGGCGGGAAUCGUAUUCCGUUCGCGCAUGUGUUGCAGCCCUCGAAAUUGCAAACCGUCUGUCUCGCCUCGACCCCCGUGCUGAGCCACGGGUGCGGGAGCGCGUGCCAUAUGUGAUUGUGUGCGGCCCCCCAAAAGCGACGCUCAUCUCCCUCGUGCGGCAACCGGAGGAACUGCUGGCGGACCCGGGCCUUCGCCUCAACGCGCUCUACUACAUCAAGAAGCAGAUUAUCCCUCCGUUGGACCGGUGCUUUAACCUUUUUGGAAUCUACCUGACUCCGUGGUUUCAGGAGCUGCCAAAAGUGUAUCGAACUGCUAAUGCGUUUGCUGCGCCGCAGUUUGGACUGCACAACAGCCACCAGCGCUCCACCAUCGACCAGUUUUAUCGGAGCCGGCACUGCGUCAUUUGUGGAGAACUGACGCAAGGCGCUGUCUGCGCAAACUGUAAGCGCGAUCCUGCGGAAGCCACCGUUCGAUUACAUGCGCGAGUAACACUGACGGAACGGGAAAUGGCCAUCUUGAAGGGGAUUUGCCGCCGCUGUAUGGGAUUCACCCUGGACAACAACGUUGCGUGUGUGUCUGUGUGGUGCCCUGUACUGUACCAGCGCUCACGGCUGCAUCACAAACUGAAAAACGUGCGCGUGUUGCGGUCUCUGGACUUUUAAUGGAUGUUGCGGAUACAAAAAGGCGACAGCGCCACUCGUGUGUUUCAUUUCUACAUGCCAACUACCUUGACUCUGUACAUGGCUCACGUGUGUAUGUUCAACAGUAAGUUCAAAUGAAUGUGUAAUAGGCACGUUGCAGUGGCUAUACGAACCCAAUACACGAUCGGACGCAUUGA